AAAAAAAAAAGGAGUGAACUUUAUUGCUCUUUACACUUAAAAAAGACCUUAUCUUUCCCUUCAAUUUCUCUCUGUGAGUUUCUCUAACAUGCACUCAAUCCCAUUACCAGCUGUGAUGCAUCCUCUCUCUCUCUCAGCUUCUUCUCGCUUUCUCUCUCAAAAACUUUUAAUUCCAAGUUCCUUUUUUUCAAAUUUCAAAACAACCCACCAAAGAUUUGACAAAAAUUUCACUAAAGUCCCUAUCAUUACCAGAAAUUGCACUAGCCCUCCAGUCUCUGCAAAACCAUCUUCACAAAUUAGAUGGAGCCGUGCAAAAAAGUCGGAACCGGACGAGAAGCUUCAAGCUCUACGUGAGUUGUUUUCUAAGCCUGGGAUUGGUAUUGAUGCUUAUAUUAUACCUUCUCAGGAUGCUCACCAAAGUGAAUUCAUUGCUGAAUGUUAUAUGCGGAGGACGUAUAUAUCAGGGUUCACUGGUAGUGCCGGCACUGCUGUUGUCACAAAGGAGAAAGCAGCACUUUGGACAGAUGGUCGAUAUUUUCUCCAGGCUGAGAAGCAAUUGAAUUCUAAUUGGAUUCUCAUGCGGGCUGGUAAUCCUGGAGUCCCGACAACAAGCGAAUGGCUUAAUGAUGUUUUGGCUCCUGGGGCCAAAGUUGGUGUUGAUCCUUUUCUUUUCUCUUUUGAUGCUGCCGAGGAAUUGAAAGAAGCUAUAGCUAAGAAAAAUCACAAAUUGGUUUACCUGUACAAUCCAAAUCUCGUGGAUGAAAUAUGGAAGGGAUCAAGGCCAAUGCCUCCAAACAAACCAAUAAGAAUACAUGAACUAAAAUAUGCUGGUGUGGAUGUUGCAUCAAAGUUGUCUUUCCUGAGGUCCGAGCUCAUUGAUACUUGUUCAUCUGCAAUCAUUGUUUCCAUGCUUGAUGAAAUUGCCUGGUUGCUGAAUUUGAGAGGAGGCGAUGUUCCUCAUUCACCUGUUAUGUAUGCAUACUUAAUCGUAGAGGUUGAUGGAGCCAAAUUAUUUGUGGAUAACUCUAAAGUCACACCAGAAGUGUUGAAUCAUCUGAAGAAUGCAGGUGUUGAAUUGAAGCCAUAUGACACCAUCCUUUCUGAGAUAGAAAGUUUGGCUGCAAAAGGGGCUGAACUUUGGUUUGAUACGUCUUCAGUUAAUGCUGCUAUAGUCAACACAUAUAAGUCUGCCUGUGAUAGGCAUUUUGAAAUCCAUGCAAGUGAUCGUAAAGGUAACUUACAUAAUGGUUCCAAUAAUCAAUCUUGGGGACCUUCUGGAGUUUACAGGGCUUCACCCAUCUCUCUAGCAAAAGCUGUGAAAAAUCCUGCUGAGUUAGAAGGCAUGCACAAUUCUCACUUAAGGGAUGCAGCUGCUCUAGCAGAGUUUUGGGUCUGGCUGGAAGGGGAAAUUGACAAGGAUGUGAAACUAACGGAGGUAGAUGUCGCAGACAAACUUCUUGAAUUCCGUUCAAAGCAGGCUGGUUUCAUUGAUACUAGCUUUGAUACAAUAAGUGGUUCUGGAGCAAAUGGUGCUAUCAUACACUACAAACCUGAACCAGAGAGUUGUAGUGUUGUGGAUCCAAAAAAGCUCUUUUUAUUAGAUAGCGGAGCUCAAUAUGUUGACGGAACAACUGACAUAACAAGGACAGUUCACUUUGGGGAACCUACUGCACGAGAAAAGGAAUGCUUCACUCGGGUUUUGCAGGGUCAUAUAGCUCUGGAUCAGGCAGUAUUCCCUGAAAAUACCCCUGGUUUUGUAUUGGACGCAUUUGCCCGUUCAUCUCUUUGGAAGAUAGGGCUUGAUUACCGGCAUGGUACUGGGCAUGGUGUGGGAGCAGCAUUAAAUGUUCAUGAAGGUCCUCAAAGUAUUAGCUUUCGAUUUGGAAAUAUGACUCCCUUGCAGAAAGGAAUGAUAGUAAGCAAUGAACCAGGGUACUAUGAAGAUCAUGCUUUUGGCAUUCGAAUUGAGAAUCUCCUUUGCGUUAAACAGGUUGACACCCCAAACCGCUAUGGAGGAAUAGAGUAUUUGGGAUUUGAAAAACUCACUUACGUCCCCAUCCAGACUAAGUUAGUAGACUUGUCCUUGCUCUCUGUUGCGGAGGUUGAUUGGCUCAAUAAUUACCACGCGCAAGUUUGGGAAAAGGUUUCACCGCUGCUGGAUGGUUCUGCUCGUGAAUGGCUUAGGAAUAACACACGACCGCUUGUCAAACAGUGAUCCUGUCUUGUCCAUCCAUUGUUUCUUUUGGAUUGCUGAGAGGUGAGCUAUCUGUACAUAUAAUAUAAGGUAUCAUUUGUACUAUACAGAGCUGUUUUUCCUACAUGAAUAUUGAAUGGUUGAAAUAUGAAGUGGGAUUUGAGGAAAUUUGUGAGCGGUUCUUUUGCUUUUUUUUAAUGCAUGCAGCUGUUGGUAAAGUAUAGUAAAUGGUUGCAUUCAGCAGAAGGCUUAUUUGAGGAUUCAAGGAAAACUAUUCCUGUUUGUGUGAAAAGCUUAGGAAAUGGCUGUUACAUACAAUUGUUGGCAUUAUUCAACACAGGGCUUGAUUGCAAAAAAAACUCAUGUUUCCCAUCUUUUGGGCUAAAGCCUAAGGGUCUCAAUGUAAGAAUGGUUAAUAUGCCCUGUGAUUAGAUUUCUAGACCCUGUUGUAUU